UUGAAACCUACCCUAAGCUCCUUUUAUCUCCGCUCUAGAGGUAACCCCGAUUAUUGCUGACUUAAGCAUCGGAGUGUCUACCCCGAGGUCCACCUCGGGGCUUUGCAGGUUAUUCCGAAGUGUAGUUGCGGACUGUAGAAGGACUUCUGGUUCGUUGCAAUUACAUUGGCGCCGUCUGUGGGAAACGAAUUGAAAGCUUUCUAGUUGCUCUUCCAUUAUGGUUCACACUCGAUCAGUCCGAGCUGGUAAUUCAUCUCUGCCUCUUGGGCAAGGUCAACCUCCUAACAACCUUCCACCUCUGAUCCCACCUCAAAUCCCAACUCAACUUCCACCUCAGCUUCCACCUCAGGUCCCAGUUAUGUUCCCUCCUGUUGAUCAUGCAGAAGGAGGAGAUGAAAAUCAACCUCAUGCCUCAGCUCAUAAUUCAACUUCCACUGCCAAUCAAGACCUUUUGGCUAGAGAUAACCCUGGUGAUCCUCUCAUUAACUUACUGAACCCUGCUCCACAACCCCCAGCUCCACAACAGAAUCCUCAACCAGUUCAACCUGCUCCCGCUAUCAGCGAAUCUCAGGCUCAAUCCCACAUUGCACCCGCUCAACAACCUAUCCUUGAUGAUGUUACUCGCCGCCUCGAUAGCUUGGAAAAGCUAGUAGCUGAACACCGAGGUGCUCCACCCCCACACCAUGCUACUGAUUCUAUACCUCAUCCUCUGAAUACCAACAUUACAUUGGAACCCUAUCCUGUUGGCUUCAAAAUCCCACAACUGGAGACUUAUGACGGGACGAAGGAUCCCGAUGACCACUUGCAUGCUUUCUACUCUUGUAUGCAAGCUCAGAACACCUCUGACGCGUUGAUGUGCAAGAUCUUCCCCUCUACUCUCCGAGGUAAUGCCCGAACUUCGUAUUACAGUUUACCUCCGAGGUCAAUUAGCUCGUAUACAGAAAUGGCAUCUGCCUUUGCCACUAAGUUUUCCAGUAGAAGGUUGAUUAGGAAAACUACUUCUGAGUUGAUGAGAGUUAAACAGAGGGAUGGAGAAUCUCUGAAGAACUAUAUGAGCAGGUUUAAUGAUGCAGUUUUGGAGGUUAGUUCUUUUGAUCAAGCCGUGGGAAUUGCAGCUGUGAUCUCUGGUCUCAAGCAUGACAGAUUCCGAGACAGUUUGAUCAAACAUGCUGCCACCACCUUCAGCGAGGUGAAUGAUCGAUCUCUCAAGUUUAUAACCGCUGAGGGGUAUGCCCUGGUGCAAAACCCACCCCCCUCUAAGAACCAGAACCCAGAAUGGAGAGAUGACAAUCCGAGCCGGAAAAGGAUGAGGAUGGCGCAGAACCGAGGUCCGAUGUUGACCUCCCCACCAAGAUUCGGAAGGACGAACUCAACACCCCCGCAGCAAUCUAUAAAGAACAAAAUGGACUUGAGACGUCCUGGCCCAAUGCGAACUGCUGCUACUAGUCGAGACCACACUAAAUAUUGUGAUUUUCACCAAGAUCACGGCCAUACUACAGAGCAGUGCAACAGCUUAAAGUUCGAACUGGAAAGUUUAGCUCAGAAGGGAAUGCUGAAUGACAAGCCCCAACUUCAAAUAUGUCAACAUAAGCUCAGUACCAACCCAUUGAAGAAACUAGUGGCCCAGAAGCGGCGUCUCUUCGAGGGGGAGAGGCUUCAGGCUAUCAAAGAAGAGGUGGAGAAGCUCCUACAGGCUGGUUUUGUCCGGAAAGUUGAUUACUGCGAAUGGGUGCCUAACCCAGUCCUGGUGAAAAAGGCAAAUGGUAAAUGGCGAAUGUGUAUUGAUUAUACAAACCUUAACAACGCCUGCCCUAAGGAUUGCUAUCCGAUGCCGAGCAUUGACAAAUUAGUUGAAGCGGCUUCAGGCAAUGAGAGGUUGAGCCUCUUGGAUGCAUAUUCUGGGUAUCACCAGGUGCCGAUGGCUCCCGAAGACGAAGAAAAGACCUCGUUCUAUGCUGGUGACGAGAUUUAUUGUUAUGUCAUGAUGCCGUUCGGCUUAAAGAAUGCAGGUGCUACUUAUCAGAAAAUGGUGACCAUAGUCUUCCGAGCUCAGAUUGGCAAGAAUCUGGAGGUGUAUGUGGAUGACAUUGUGGUAAAGAGUCUGAAGGCAGAAAACCAUCUAGCCGACCUCGACGAAACCUUUACCAACCUCAGAAAGAACCGGAUGCGGUUAAACCCAGCCAAGUGCAUCUUCGGAGUGGAGUCUGGAAAGUUUCUAGGUUUCAUGGUGUCCCGAAGAGGGAUUGAGGCUGCAGAUGGAGAGAUUCUUUACUUGUACCUGGGAAUUUCAGAUGAGGCCAUUAGUUCAGUUCUGGUGAGAGAGGAAGCCAAGCAGCAGAAACCAAUCUAUUAUAUCAGCAGUAUACUGCACGGGGCAGAGCUGAGGUACCCUAUAGCCGAGAAAGCAGCCUUAGCAGUUGUCACUUCGGCCAGGAAAUUGAGGCCAUAUUUCCAGUCACACCCAAUUAUCGUUCUUACAGAUCAACCUCUCCGGCAGAUUCUGCAGAAACCAAAGUGCUCUGGAAGAUUAAUUAAGUGGGCAGUAGAACUGGGGGAAUUUGAGAUCACGUUUCAGCAGAGAUCGACCAUCCGAGCUCAAGCACUAGCAGAUUUCAUUGUCGAAUGCACUCCAUGUCCCUCAACCUCUACUCCAGAACUCAACGAAUGGACCUUAUAUGUUGACGGAGCCUCUAGUAGCAAGGGUUCAGGGGCUGGCGCUCUCUUGAUCGGUCCAGAAGGAUACCGAAGCGAACAUGCCCUAAAGUUCAACUUUGAUGCGACAAAUAAUAUGGCUGAGUAUGAAGCUCUGCUACUUGGUCUACAACUAGCGUUAGAGUUGAAAAUCAGCGCAAUUCGGGUGUACACCUUGGUGGCCGAGCUUAAGUGCAAAUUCCAGAAAUUCUAUCUGAGUAAAAUUCCCCGAGCUGAGAACGAACAGGCAGAUUCACUCUCCAAGUUUGCCUCUGAUAGCUCUUUAAGCUCCAGGUCAGUUUUUGUAGAGGUCCUAGAUGAACCAAGCUUCACGAAACCUCGGAUGAUGGAGAUUAGCACAAACCCUGAUGCACCGAGCUGGACUGAUUCAAUUGUCUCCUUCCUACGAGAUGGGAUAGUACCUGAGGACAGGCAGGAGGCAAUGAAAUUGAGGAAGAAAGCAUCUCGGUAUACACUUGUUGAUGGAGUCCUGUACAAGAGAUCUUUCUCACUUCCUCUUCUACGGUGUUUAAACCCCUAUGAAGCUGAAUAUGCACUUCGAGAGGUGCAUGAGGGUGUCUGUGGGAGCCAUGUCGGUGCUAGGACUCUGGCUCACAAAGUCUUAAGGCAGGGAUACUACUGGCCAAACAUGUACAAAGAUGCCACUUACUUUGUUCAGAAAUGCCAGAAAUGUCAAUUCUUCGCACAUCUGACUCAUCAACCAGCAGAAGAGCUCACGAACAUGGUAGCCCCGUGGCCAUUUGCUCAGUGGGGACUGGAUCUUUUAGGCCCAUUCGUGAAAGGGGUUGGUGGUGUAACCCAUCUGAUUGUUGGUGUGGAUUAUUUCACGAAGUGGGUUGAAGCUCGACCUUUAUCUAGUCUUACCUCUAAGAAAGUUGAAGACUUUGUUUUCAGUUCGAUCAUCUGCAGAUAUGGGAUUCCAAAUCAGAUUGUGGCUGAUAAUGGAACUCAAUUCAACUGCUCCUCAUUUCGAGAUUUCUGCUCCAGUUAUGGGAUCAAGUUACAGUUCACCUCCGUUUACCAUCCGGAGUCCAAUGGCAUGGUUGAAUCUGUUAACAAAUGCAUUCUGGAAGGUAUAAGGCCGAGAUUGGAGCAGCAUAAGGCCAAGUGGGCAGACGAGCUCAAUAACGUCCUCUGGGCAUACAGAACCACGAGCCGAACUGCCACAGGUGAAACACCCUACCACCUGGCCUUUGUUAAAGAAGAAGCUCGGCUUCGAACUCUUGUAUACAAGCAGAAACUAGCCAACUUCUACAAUAAACGGGUCCGCCCUCGAACAUUCAAAGUAGGAGACCUUGUUCUCAGAAAAGCUGGCCUAACAGGGUUUGAAACUCGUUUUGGCAAACUUGCCUCAAAUUGGGAAGGCCCCUAUGCCGUGGCCGAGGUGCCACAUCCUGGUGCUUAUAUUCUCCAAGACGCUGAAGGAAAGAGAGUUCCUAGAGUCUGGAAUGUCAAUAACUUGAAGAAAUUUUACCCCUAAUAAAAUUCUUUCAAGUGUUUUAAGUCUUACUGUUCUUUACGUUUCUCACUUCUUAUUUAUUAAGAAUCAUUUUACCUCUUAUUCUAUGUAUCUGAGGUCAAUCAGUUCAUUCACUUCUGUUAAUAAAUGUCACUUCACAUU